CCUGAGUUGUCCUAAGCAGCAUACAUAGGGGUGUUUUAUUUUAUUUUUGACCAGCUUUCUUUAAAUCUAAAUCACAGAAAAUCUAUUCAGCACCCACCGCAGAGUUGUGAAUAUAGUGAAUUUAUAAUUGCAGCCAUGACAAUUGUGUAGUAGUGUCGCCGUUAAUCAUUUAAUAGGACCGACGCUUGUCACGCUAAUCAUUAUUUUGUAGUGAUCGUAAUUGGUUCCUAGACGUUGUGGGGAAUACCAAGUGGUACCUGGAAUCGAUGGCUGCUUGAGUGUUUCCGUAGUGUGAUUACGUAGGGGAGAGUAGCUGCCCCUGUUCGGUGACUCAUUCGCGGGCUGGUACGUUGCAAAUCAUGGAUACCGAUGAUGGAGAAUCUUCGAGCAGCGGCCCUAUGUCCAGUCUGAACAGCCUGUUCUCGUUCACAAGUCCCGCCGUUAAAAAGUUGCUGGGUUGGAAGCAGGGUGAUGAAGAAGAAAAAUGGGCAGAGAAAGCGGUUGACAGCUUGGUCAAGAAAUUGAAGAAACGGAAGGGUGCUAUCGAGGAGUUGGAACGGGCGCUGUCGUGUCCUGGCACGCCGUCCAAGUGUGUCACCAUUCCCCGGUCACUAGAUGGAAGGCUGCAGGUAUCGCACCGUAAGGGCCUCCCUCACGUCAUCUACUGCCGUGUGUGGCGCUGGCCUGACCUUCAGAGCCACCACGAGCUCAAACCCUUGGAGAUUUGCCAGUACCCCUUCAGCGCCAAGCAGAAAGAAGUGUGCAUCAACCCCUACCAUUACAAGAGAGUCGAGAGCCCCGUCCUGCCCCCAGUGUUAGUACCCAGACAUUCUGAAUUCGCCCCAGGACACUCCUUACUGCCUUUCCAAAGGACGGCAGAACCUUCGAUGCCUCACAAUGUGUCAUACUCGGGGUCUGGGUUCCCUCCUUCAGCUAGCUCGGAGCUCCCAGACACGCCGCCUCCGGCGUACUCCCCACCCUCAGACGACUCGGAACCACCUGGAGAAGUUGCACCAGUUUCUUACCAGGAGCCCCUGUACUGGGCAUCCGUCGCGUAUUACGAGCUAAACUGCCGCGUCGGUGAAGUUUUCCAUUGCAACUCCCAUUCGGUUGUGGUAGAUGGGUUUACGGAUCCCUCGAAUAAUAGCGACAGGUUCUGCUUAGGUCAGCUCAGUAAUGUGAACAGAAAUUCCACGAUCGAGAACACCAGACGUCACAUAGGGAAAGGAGUACAUUUGUACUACGUCGGAGGAGAAGUUUACGCAGAGUGCCUGUCCGACGCCGCCAUCUUUGUCCAGAGUCGAAACUGUAAUCAUCACCACGGCUUCCACCCCUCCACCGUGUGCAAAAUACCUCCUGGAUGCUCUUUAAAGAUCUUCAAUAACAGGGAGUUUGCACAACUGCUAUCCCAAAGUGUUAAUCAUGGUUUCGAAGCUGUUUACGAGCUGACGAAAAUGUGUACGAUUCGCAUGUCGUUCGUGAAGGGAUGGGGAGCGGAGUACCACCGCCAGGACGUGACGUCGACUCCUUGCUGGAUAGAGAUCCACCUGCACGGGCCGCUGCAGUGGCUGGACAAGGUGCUGACACAGAUGGGCUCCCCGCACAACGCCAUCUCGUCAGUCUCCUAGCCGCGCCGCACACGUUCCACUCCCCCCACCGUAAUUUGGUAUCCGGUAUUAAAUUCUUUAAUCUCAAAAAUCAUUUCAACCAUUGCAUUUUGUAUUUUAUACGUGACAAAAUAUUUUUCAUUUUUUUAAUGUUUUGUGUUGUAACAAAGCCCCAAUUGGCAUUUAACAAUUAUGCAGCUCAAACCAUGUGUCCAAUUUAUUGAAAUGUAUUUUGUAAGCGUAUUCUAAUGAAUAAAGACAUUAAGGUUUACUAUACUCGUCAAUAUAAUUUAUGACAAGGUAAAAAAGAUAUUAUUGGUGUAAAUAAAUAAUGCUUAUAAACUUUGGUAAUGUCAAGCACAAAAGUCUAAGUUCGCCAUAAAUUCUUUCGAUAUUGAUGAUAUUAUAUUUUAGUAUAUUAUCAUAGAUAUAUUUUUAAGAUAAGACAUAUAUAUGUAAGUUUUCAUAUACUACACUUAGAUAUAUUCUUAAUUCAAUUUUUAUUUUAACUAACACACAACAAUAAACAAUCAUUAUUU